ACAGUACCUGAAGGCAGCAUGAGUUCGAAAAGUAUGGCGGCGGAGAGUUUGACAACCAUAACAGAGCAAUGGAUACGGGAGAGAUUACAAUUAAAACAUCCCUGUCUUGGUGAUGUCCGCUCACUGAGCCUCCCGGGGACGUAUGAAGAGAAGAUCAGACAUCUGGGAAAUGCUCUGAAUAACUUUGUCCGUCUGAAGUCUCUGGACCUCUCCUGUAACGCUAUCGUCUGCAUUGAGGGGGUUCAACAUUUGAAAGUGCUUGAGAGGCUGAUCCUGUACUAUAACCACAUUCCUUCCCUUGAAGAGGUGAACGUGGUGUACGAGCUGCCAGCUUUGAGAGAGCUGGACCUCAGACUCAAUCCUCUGACUAAAAGAUACCCACAAUACCGCCCUUUCCUGGUGCAUGCCAUGCCCAACCUACGCAAACUAGACAGCUGUCCAAUCAGAGACACAGAGCGCAAAGUUGCUAUAAUGCAGUUCUCCUCUGACCUUCUACCUCAGCAGAAGAGCUCCUCUUUAAAUCAGGUUGCUGAGCAAAGAAGCAGUGAUCAGAGACUGGCUUUGGUUGACCGCUUAACCAGGAGGCUCUCUCUCCUGACGGACACCGAUGAUAUUGUGUUGAAUUUUGUUGCGAGGAAUCAUGAAGGGCAAAGUGACACUCAGUCCCACUCGGUUCACAAGGAGGCAGAAGAAUCAAACAACGAAUCCAAUGAUUUUACAGAACUAAGGAGUUCUACUCCAAAACAGGAAUGGGCUAAAUCCAUCCUCAGGAAUUCCCCUACAAAUUAUGAUAACACAGAGUCCAAAGUGCCCCACGUGAAAGAACCAUCUCAUAAAAGAAGCUCUUCCACAUUUAAAGCGACUGAAAGACCGAAGGUGUCCUUUGGCCCCUAUGUAGAGAAACACAGACCUGUGUCUGGAAAGCAAAAGGACUUCGCCAAGCACACCAGGCAAGCAGCAAAGGGACAUUAUACCCCUAAUCCUGAUCCAAGUCAUCGUCAUAGUUCCUCAUUAGUUAAUAUCCGGCCUCCCAGUCCACGUGGUCCUGGUUUGAAUUUGUCCGACCCCUCCAACCCCAUCUUACAUCCUCCAAGACUGACCUACUCUAGUUUCAAUAAGACAGAAGGGGAAUCCAGCCUGCAGCCGCAAGGGGAGAAGAAAAAAAGGGGUGGUUAUAGGAAACCUCUGGAGAUGCUCCUCAACCUCGUGGACAAACACUGGACUGGAGAGCAGUCGCUGCAUCAUAACAACAACUUCCUGUCUCAGGCAGUCCAGAUCCUCUCCAUGAUGGAAAACGAUAUUUCCAGUCGGGAGGCAGAGGUCAGGACCUUAAGAAGGGAAGCUGAUGCACUGAGCUUUCAAGCGGCUUCACGUGAGGACGAGCACAAAAGUGAAGUCCGUAACCUCUCCGAUCAGCUGGAGGAAGCUCGCAGUGCAGUUGCCAAACUUAACGAGCAGCUGAGGAUUGUCUUGGAGGAAAAUGUCGGCCUACAGAAACAGCUCAUCAAGUUAGAACGACAGUAUCUGAAGUCCAUGAUGAAAAGUUCACCAAUCUCUCAGAUUAAAGAGGCCCAGACUGAAGUGGAGGAGCUGAGGAAAGAAAUCGAGGGGUUGAAGGAGAAAGUGCAUGAGUCUGAGAAAGUCAAGGAUUUGUCAAAUAUGUUGCAUGAAAGCCACCGGUCUCUGGUGGCUACCAACAAGUGUUUGCUAGCUGAGCUGAAGGGAAGUGGAGAACUUUAAAGAGGAAUGCACAGUGGGAUAGACAUUUCAAAGCAAGACUUUGCUGAGCGUCAUAUUAGCAUUACAUUCACUGCACAAGAACCUGCAGCUACAGACUAUUUUUUAAAGCUUUUUUGACUUCAUAUCCUUUUUGAUAUGUGUGUAUUAAGUUCCAAGCCCUUUUGGAAAAAAAAUGUGUUUAUUAUUUAAACAGAAAUCUGUAUAGGCUGUGUUUGCUUGAUGUAAACAGUAAUGGGCAAAGGCAAUUCAUCCAAGGAAGUUUGUGUAUAAGUGUGUGACAGGGCUGUUAUGUUAAAUGGUUUUAAGGGGGAAAAUGUUAGUGAGAAGGUCAUAAUGUAUUUCCUGGAUCAGUAGCAAGAUUGUGUCUCUCUGCUUUUCCCCUUUCUCUUUUUUGUAGGUCACUUGUGUCUGCUUUGUACGCUGCAGUGGAAUGAAUGCAUCUAGAUUCCAGCUGCACUGUGACUUUAUUUAUAUCUCUGCCUUCGGGCUGGAGAGCUACACACACACAGAUGCACUUUCCUCUCACAAGCACUAAUGCGAGACCUGGCAAACCAGGUUAGCAUGGGGAUGCUACCACAUAAACUGAAUGUAGCUUGUUUUUAUAAGUUAAUAUUACAGGUUAGUAACACUGAAACAGGGAGUUUCACGUACUCCUGAAAAAAAAUAUAAAACUGUGUUUUGACUGACACCCUGAAACAUGCUCAGCAGAGGUUCUGGGGUUGGUUUUUAUUUUAAUGCACUACAAAUCAUGAACACACAUUAAGAGGUCUAAAGAACAAGAACACACUGCAUGCACCAGGGCACAAUAGUACAUUAAAAGUUAUUUGCAAAAUACAAAAGACAUUAAAGGUGCACAGUAUUUGGCAUAAAGCACAGAAAACAGAUCAAGCUACUGCAGCAGACACAACUAACACAGUAAUAGCUGCUAGUUUUAAUGCAUGAUUCUUCAUUAGCUGAGGCUACAGGUAGUGUGUGACCAAAACACUGUCACUAUGUUGGACAAAUAUUCUACAAAAGUAUGUCACCUGUUUGCUGUUUUCCCUUUCAUCUCAUAUAUCACAUAAGGAUACAACAGUAAAACCCUGCUUUUGUUUUCA